UCGCCGUACACCGUCGCGUUAGCAGCCGAGCCACCACGCCUCUGUGUGCGCGCGAAUCGCGUCAAGAGAGCGCGUCCGCUUUGUGUCGUUUGCCGAUUGGUGCGUGGUGGUGCACCACUGACAGGUCACGUCCUUCGGCAUCGUGGUUUGUGAAGGUGUCGUCGGCUCUUUCAGUGACACCGGGUUCCAUCGUGUGGCUUUUGACGUCCCCGAAACUAAGUCGCCUUUCGAAAUUGACGCGUGGUCGCCGGUGUAUUCCUUGCCAACGCGGCUGCAGUUUAGCAAGUCCAGCGCGUCGCGCUCGGCCACAAGUUCCCGCAAGUGCUCUUUACCGCCUUUUUCAUUAUUCGGCACGGACAAUCCAAGAAACCGAAAGUGCUGUCGUCUUCGCCACGUGCUGGCUUCCAUAUUUCCAGCGCCUCUUCUCAGACGUGUGCACGCAUCCGGAUUUCCCCACGAUCGCUGGCCACCAGAAGGUUCUCCUCGGAAGUUUGGCUGAUCAAGUGUUUUGACUGGGUGUCGUUCUUCCUCUUCACUGUGCUUCCUCUGCAGCCGACGUGUGCUUGGUCUAGGCAAACCUCUUCUGUGUGGUGGCGGACGGGCCAGCGAGUGGUCGCACCUAGCUCUGUUAUUGUCUGCGCCUCUGUUUAGCGCGUCACCGGAGGCGUUGGAUUUUGGCGUGUCCUCUGAACAUCGCCUGCACGUUUCGCGCGACGAAACCGGUCCGUGCCUGAGGUAUCUCGUCCACUAAUUUUGUGUGCCGGUAUCGAGUGGAAGAGGUGGCCAUGGGUGCCUACUACGCGACGCCCGAGCUGACUCCCGAGCACGAGUUCGCCCCCGAGGUCGUAGGGGUCGAGCACCAGGACGGCACGCGUGUCGGAAUGGAUUCGGGGCCCAGCGCGGCGAGGCUGGACCUUCGGCAGAAGCGCGGAACCAACAUGGCCGACCAGGACGACCAACAGCUCAUCGGCUUCGACGACAGCCCCGUGGUGCUGCCGACCGAGCCGAAGAAGGGCGCAUCGCCGAGCGAGGCCGAGCGCAUCCUCAAUUCUCUGAACGCCGAGAAGAGCCAACUGGCGGCAGCCACCAAUGGCCACACCGACGAGGCGGCCACCACCAACGGACACCGCCACGACGCGCCGGAGAAGGCAGUCAAUGGCCACGCGCCCAAGGCUGAACACACCGAGACCGGUGAGCCGGUCUACACUGAAGUUCCGGAGGACAACAUCUACGAGGAAGUCAUACCUGUGCAAGAGCCCGAGGUAGUGCUUUCGCCGACUGUCCAGACUACCACGACGGAAAACGGCGCCACGGGCGUGCUUUACGAUGACUCUUCGCUGUCCAGCGAAGUGUCAGCGGAGCUGUCUCCACCUCCGUCCAAUGUCGGCGAUUGUGGCUCCAACGGCACAACCUUGUCUGACCCUGAAUGCGACGCUGCCAUGGCAGAAGCCUCGGCACCGGAGUCUCACGCCGACAUCCCUUUCGUCGUCGUCCAGGAGUCUACGCCUGUCGACUCGGAGCAGUCCAACGACGAACAAGCUGAAGACAGCGCGUCGGAACAGGCCGCCGACGAAGGGUGCAAAGCGGAGGCAACAGCCGCCGUUGAGGCAGCGAUCGAAGCGAGUGCCGAGGCGAUGGUUGGAGUCGAACCGCUGGUCAAGCCAGUGGUCCUGCCCGUCGAAAAGGACACUGCACCGACUUCGGAGGAACAGACAUGUGGUCAACAUCGCUGCACUGCUCAGCCGCCAGUGUUGGCUGCUAGUGCGGAGUCCUGUGCCCGGCUUGAUCACAUCGAAUCUGAGUUCACAAGAGUCGAUAACGUUCAGUUUGUGGAACCGGAGGACAUGGGACGUUGCUCGGUCGUCUCCGUCACUGAGACGGCACCGGAACGGGAGACCGCCGUUGAAGAGUGUCGCGGCAACGUUGACGUGGUGGUACACACCGAGGACAUUGUUUCCAGCAUUGAAGAAAUAACGCCGUCCACACAUGCCUCUCUCGUUGAACACGGACUGCAGCACGAGACUGAGGAGCCACUGCAGUGUCAAGACUUUCCUCAUGAGGCGGUGCUUGCUUGCUGUGAACCAGCGCAGGGUUCCGAGCCUCCCGCUGUACGACACGAGUCGCGGCCCUUGAAGCCGAGUGCUGCGGACAGCAUCGUGGCCCGCGAGAUCCGCGCCCAGAAGGAGCGAGAGGAGAUGAUCGCCCGCGAGCGGAAGCUCGCCCAGGAAGCAGCCAGGCUUAGCUCGACGGCGCUUGAAAAGGCGAUCUGUGACAGGACGGUGACACCGGAGACGCUCAAGCCUGCGCGACUCACCGUGUCUCAGCUGCCAACGGCAUCGCCGACCUCACCUUCCAGCAUGGUCUCUAGCCCCGCGCCAUUCCCGGCUCCCAUCGAGAAGCGGUUCACGUGCCCGUCGGACUCUAAGAUCGCUGAUGAGAUUCGGGAACUCCAGGAGCGCGAGGAGGAGCUGCGGGAGCUGCGGGAGCGCCUGCAUAUUCAGAGCAAUGACCACAGAUGCAGUGCGGGUGGCCUCAUCAACAACGAUGAUGCCGUCGUGGCAGCAAAUGGCGUGACCAGUCCACUUGCAUCCUUGACGUCCAGCAGUGGAUUGUCUAGGACCGUGAGCGUCGAGUCACUUCCUCCAAAUAGCUCGAUUCACACUCCCUUCGGGCCACGCAGGAAGGACAAGAUAACGGUGCGGCCACUCUCCGAUGGCACCGAAGAUAGCGUGCCAUCCCCGACUUUCGUGUCGCAUGGCGGUGAGUCUCCAAUCGAACGUGAGAUCCGGCUAGCACGAGACCGGGAAGAGGCAUUAAGGAAGGAGAAGGGGCUGCUGGGACAGCUGCAGGCGGAAGGAUUUGUGAAGAAGGGCGAAAUAGCGUCAUCCGCUUCGGUGAAGGGUGCGAAGGCUACUGUGGUGCUGCGCGGAAGCACGCAGAAGAUCCUAGCGACAUCUCGGAUCCAGCAGGAGAUAGAAGAACAGACGCAGCGCGAGAUGGCUCUUCGAGAGUCUGGGCACAUCCAGACCAUCUCCCAAGAGAGGACAGACUCCAAGGUGACCAGGAUAGGAAACGAAGCAAGCACUGCCGCGUGUCCUUCACCGUCACUCGCUUCUACUACGAGGAGAGUGCCGCCUUUCGAGUCGUCUCUUCCCAAUAUCGAGAUUUUCGAGAAGACUCCCGCCAUUGUCAUUCCCACCCGAGUCUGUUCCCCGACGGCGGCCCCCUGCGGCGUUGCUUCGGCUGUUGCCAAGGCAACCAACGGUCACGUGCACGCCAAUGGUCAUGCUACAGGAGCGAAAGUGUCGCCCGUGGCCAAUGUUCGCGGGGUGAGCAUGCAGAAAUUCCUCGCCAGUCGUGGCAAGGAGCUUGCCUUCACGAGUUCACCGCCACCUCAGAACGGCGAUAAGCUAGAGUACCGUGAGCUGAAGCCUCCGCAACUGCAGAAGGGGGCCAUCGAUGCCGUCCGCAAGGGCCUGGUUACUGCUGAGACCAAGAUCCAGGAGGAGAUGCGUGCCAUGAAGGAGCGCGAGGAGGAGCUGAGGCGCCAGCGCCUCCGACUGCUCGGGCAGUCCCAGCCCAACCUGAGCCUGUUUGAGGGAAGCACAGUAGCGGACGCAGACCACGCCACUGACGCCACAGAUGGACCCGCCUUGCAACAUGCUGGCAGUGAUGCGAGCCUUCUGGAACAGACCACUGUCAAUGACUCGUCAGAGGCCGCCAAUCAGGUGUCCAACACUUCCAGUGUCCCACGCCGCCGCAGUGCCCUCAUCGCACAGUGGGAGCAAAGGAUCCAGAGCACCGAUGUCGCCAAGUCGUAAAGAGAGAGAGAAAGAAAAGAAUUGCGAUGUUCUUUAAUAUACAUAUAUAUGUAUAAAUACUGAUAAUCUAUUUCUUUGCGCCCAGUACAGGUACUUUAGUUCAUUUCGCAUUCCCCUUAGUGAAGUCUUUUUGAAUGGGUGUCUUCGAGACGACGAUGCACCAGUGUCCCAAGUGACAUUUCUACACUAUGAGCUGGUCACCAGAGCAUAAUCUCGCUAGCGUUGAUCAUUUCAAAGAUCAGCUUGUGCAAGGAGUGGAAGGAAUAACGCUAGUAGAUAUGGAACGUCCUUGUGAUCAGCAAGAAUGUACUGAUGUGGUAGUUGGUUCGACAUAGUGCUAUUUUUUAUAGCAAGGGCAAAGCGCUAGACAACAGAAGAUAAAGGGCUGACUAUCACUUCAUAGUUAUUGUUGGAUUCUGAAAAGUACAUAAGCUGUAGUGACAGAGGUAAAGGAUAGAAUAUGAAAGGACACCAUUUCCGUAUUCAGCGUUACAGCAUAUGUGACACGUGCCUAUGCAAUAAAAUCGCUUCUAUCGUUUAAGGAAGUCGACUUUCUUUCCUGGCAGGAAAAUGAACACAACAGUGACGCACCUUUCGCCAAGUCCUGGAAUAUCUCAAUCUUGCAUCUAUGAUGUAUUACUUCAUGACUAGCACCGCGUUUAAGUCAAUAAAACUUUUAAGGCUUAAGAAGUCUUGAGUGUUAAGCCCCUGUGUUUACUGAAGUGCAGCAAUAUAUAUUUUAGCCAUGGGUGACAAGCUACUAAAGGAACUUUUGGAGCAUUCUAAAGUUGUGAGGACUUCUAACGUUGUUGAAAAUGUUGUAUGUUGUUAGAUUGUGAUGAAUCACAAUUGAAAAAACAGCAUGUGAUGUUCUCAACAGUUUCACUAAGCUUUCACCUGAUUAGUACUAAAACAUGAACAUCCAUUUCAAAAGUUUAAACCAUUUUUAGAGUUAGUGCUGCAUUCAUCAAAUUUUGGGGCGACUCAGAUUUGAUGAAGCUACUAUGCUGCGCUGAAGAUGCGACAGGCUGACGCAAGAAAUAACAGAGGCUAGAGAAACGACAGGACUUGGUGAUAGGUGCAUCAGUCUUGCAUUUGUUUAGUCUUCACAAAAGGAACUUGGACUGCUUUCUUAGGCGCAUGUAAUGUAUUCUGUUAGGCUCGAUGUAAAAAUGGGCCAUUUUGUAUGUCCCCCUUUCCCUUAGUGAUUAUGACUUACAUAUUAUGCAGAAUCCAAUAAUAGACACGAUUUUAUUGUCAACAUUCUCUGUUAUCUUGUCUGUUCUGUUGUCUCUUCCUUGCGCGGACAAUUAGCACUUUUAUAAUCCCUGUGUGUUUUUGUUUUUUUUGCUUUGAUACCGCAUUGCUGUGCACUUGGCAUGUGGUCUGUGCAGCUGCUGAAAACCAGAUGUGCAACAACAGUGAGGUAUUUGUCAAACUGUUGAUGCACUGCAACAUAUCUUGACAUUGCAAUAAAUGUCAGCGGCUGUGGUUUCGUAUGCUCUUGGGUAUACUGUAUACAGUCUUCUGUGCUCAAGAAAGAGCAAGAAUAACAUACCAAGUCUCUUAUUUGUAACAUAUUAUGCGUUUAUACCUGUGUAGGCUGGUAUAAGCUUGAAGUGCACUACUAGGACAGGAAUAGGAAAGCUAUUGCUAGUUGUUCACAACAUCAGAGGCAGAUGCAACUUUAAAAUACAGUAUUGUUUCUACAAUCAACACCUUGAGCGAUAGUGAAAUAGUACAAAACAACAGCAAUGCAUAAGGUACCAUGCCUACCUAAUUCUAAUUUGCCUCUGAAUGUAAUGCACGCGAAGUAUUAAGGGUCCAAAAUAAGCAAAUAAUGGCACCGAAGGCAUGCACUCCAUUUAUACACCAAGAAAAAUGUAGCGUGCCUCCAAUCUUUGCAAAAAGAAGAAAUUACUUUCACAGGAUGAAACUUUAUUCACACUUAAGGUACAUUGUUAUCACUUCAAUGGACCUCGACACAUUUCCGUCCAUGCCAUUCAUUGCAUUUGGUAUUUCUUGAAUGACUCCUCAACCAUCACGAAUGAGACCCAUGCGUUAACAAACGGCUUUGCCAGUUUGCCCGACAACGUAGGCAAGUGUUCAAUAUGCCAAAAACAAACAACACGCAGCUCUGGUGCCACCGGCUUAGCAUGUAAAACAACUUUUUUUAAGAGCCUUCGUAAAAAAAGUGGUGUAUUGUCAUUGCCAAGCCAAGCUAUAGGAAAGCAAGUUUUGUCGCCAUAUGGAUGGCUAUGGUGAUUGUUUGCGCUGACAGUAGUUUGCUGGCAAAGCUGCAAAUGUGGUUUCAUAUCCAAUUGAACACAAGCAUAUUUCGGACCUAUUUUGGGGGGAAAAGGUGCGCCUUUGAAUUGUGUAAAUAGGCUAUUUUCUAUGAGUUACUGCAGUACGAGUAGGUCGUGAGGAAAACUUGUGUGAAUCCAGUGGGAUUGUGACAAAUACUAAGAGAUGUUCUGUGUCCCUAACCAAUUUAUGAGAAAGAUGCCUAGGAUAUCUACAAUAUAUUUAUCCAGCAGUCAUUUUCUGUAGGAGACACUGCUGCAAGUGAACGUUGCUGCUUCUUUCCACAACACGCAAUGUUGGCGGAAGCUGCAUUUGGCAUUAAAGCCAGCCUGGUGGUGCAAACUUGUUGCAGGUGCCUUCCAGCAAUGUGCUCGCUUUGUUAUUUCCUGUCCGUGUUGAGAAUACUACUAUGGCUGUUUUGAAAGAGCCAGCCAAGGAUGAGCCUGGAAUUUGGAGAGCUUUAAAGUGGCCUACGUCACAAGCUCUCACCUUCUCUCUCUUCUUAUUUUUGAGGGGGGGAAGGGUAGUUAUAGUGCAGGCGUGCCUGGCCAUGACAAACUCCCAGCGGUCAAUGUGUACCCCACUGCACUCUAGGCAUGUUUCUGCUGGCGUCUCCAUGCUUUUGUUUUGUGCUCUCAUGGGAAUAGUAGAAUAGUAGAAGGUCGCUAGAUAUCAUUGCCACUACAAUAAUUCAAGUGCAUUAUUACUGAUAGUAUUCUUGAGUAUACUACGGCAGCUACACUAACAGAAGAGCAUGUUUAGCAAGUCUGCCUAAUGCCCGUUUCCAACUGUAAUGGCAAUGAUUUAUAUUCAUGAAUUCGCAUCGGCAACCAAAGAAAGGACUUUCACGAUUACGCAUGCAGCCAUCUCAUUGUUUCUAGAAGCAAGGUGUGUGAUAUUAUUCGAGGUUGAAGAUGCGUAUGAAAAAUCUGCACAAUGUGUUUCGUGUUUAUGAAAAAAAAAACGGUUAAUCGCAUGAAAAGUGAAUUUCUGAUAUAAAAUAAAGCUCCCCUACAUGCAGUGAUAAUUUUCUCUUGCUGGAAGCAUGAUCGAACAAGACUGGGUCCUAGCGAACCAUGAGUGCACAAUGAACAUAACACAGCUACGGAUAAAUGCCUUGCUCUAGCACAGAAAUGAAAAGGAACCUGGAAGGUGGUCGCAAUGUGCCUGCAAGAAUUUGAGUGCAAUUUAAUGUAUAAUGGUAGUUUUUCUAAAGGUACACUUUAAUGAGGCAUCUGUGGUGGCAUAUUAAUUGUGCUGCCACACUCGGCAACAAUUUAUGAACAUUGUCUGCAUCAUCACCAACAUGUCGGUGGCUCUGCCACACGAAAGCAACAAUUGUUGGAAUAUAUGAUGAGAACGUGUAUCCUGCUACUUUUUUGUUCCAUUGUUGUGACAGAGCUGCUGAUGACACCCUGUACAGACAGUAUUGACCUACUUGCUUACAUUGUGACAGUGUCCUAAUGGUAAUACCAUUAGGGAUUACGGGAACUGAGGUAUAGGAGCUGUAGUAUUACAGCUUCCAGAGGAGUUGCACCACCGGAGACAGCUUAUCUUUAGGAAUGGUUCGCCCACAGAUGGACAUAAUCAUCCAGCAUUACCCCUGUCUUCGUUGACAUGCUCUAGGUGCCACAGGUUAUGAAGACUGUGCACAACUCUUGUUCACCAAACUUUCUGCCUGGAGGUGCCAGUUUCAGCAAAGAGGGGUGAAAUACUGGCAAAGUCCUUGUGAAGCGCAAAUGCUUUCAGACUUCUUACAGGAUUCGUUGGAUCGUAUACCUGUGACAUAGCCUCUGAAGAUAGCAACUGGGUGUAUCAUUAAUCGCCUUGACAAAUGAGACCUUCAUAAAAGGCCCCUUGUGAUGCUUUGACUAGCCUUUUGCUUGUUCUGCUGGAUGAAGUUGAAUUGCAUCAAGCAGGACAUGACGCUUCUGUAGUUAAGCAUUAGCAUGAAGUCACUAAGUCGCAUUGUACUGAAUUAAGCCAUUUUUCUGUGACCAAGUGUACGUCAUUUGCCGCACCUGUCAUGUGCGUCUUUUUAGCACACCGAGUCAUCGAUUUUAUCUGCAGUUAUUCGGACUGUCCCCAGUGCCUACAUGCAGCAAGUGCAGAGCCAAGGUUGAUGCAGCGUCUCAGUUGUGGAUGUGUUGCUAACCACUCUAUUGACAACUGCUCUCAACUCGACUAAGACAGUGGAAAGUGGCCAAUUGCAGCCCUGUUUUUUACUCUUGUAUGUUUAGCUAUCUGUAAGAAUGGGCAGCUAGUUGUUAUUAACGAUCAGCGUUUUUAAUUUGCAGUCCUAAAUGCCUUUGAGAUUGUGUCAUAUAGUUGUAGAUGUACUUAAGUCUCCCUCUUCACACGCAGCUGCCGUUGCAGUGUUCCUUUGAUGUUGUUAUCGACAAGUGUGAUUAAUUACAGUCCAGCUUCUGGCUUUUUCUUGGUGCUUUGUGUAUGGCUGGAUUUGUUUUGUACUUAUUCGAAGGUGCUGCAUUUGUCACUUGUCAGAGAGAGUGGUAGCUAAGGAGACUUUCUGUUUUUUAACAUUUUGCUUAUGUAUGGGGGCGCUUUACUAACCGCGUGCCGCCAGUUUUAGUGAGUCAUAUAUUUUUAUAAACUUAAUAAAGGACUACACAAUGGA